AUGCACCUCAUUCCCAAGGAGCUCGAUAAACUUGCGAUCUCGCAAUUGGGAUUUUUGGCCCAGCGGCGUCUCGCACGUGGUGUGCGGCUCAACCAUGCAGAAGCAGCGGCCUUAAUAUCGUCGAACUUGCAGGAACUGAUCCGCGAUGGCCUCUAUUCGGUGGCUGAUCUCAUGUCCAUCGGUAAGACUAUGCUAGGUCGCCGUCAUGUUUUACCCUCCGUAGUAUCGACACUCGUGGAACUACAAGUUGAAGGCACGUUCCCUACUGGCACAUACCUCGUAACGGUCCACCACCCCAUUAGCAGCGACGAAGGAGACUUGGAGAAGGCACUAUAUGGAAGUUUCCUUCCGAUACCGCCCACGGAUGCCUUCCCUGAUCCCGAUCCGGAUGACUACGAGCUGGAAAAGAUGCCGGGAGCUAUUAUACCCGUCAAGAAUGAACGCAUUACAUUGAACGAGGGGCGGAGGAGAAUCCGACUCAAGGUUAUGAGCAAAGGCGAUCGGCCGAUCCAGGUUGGGUCUCAUUACCAUUUCAUUGAAGUGAACCCCCAGUUGCAUUUUGAUCGCCUUCGUUCGUAUGGCUAUCGCCUGGACAUUCCCGCCGGAACAUCCGUACGAUUUGAGCCCGGAGACACCAAGACCGUGACUCUUGUUGAAAUUGCCGGCAAUCAGAUUAUCAAGGGAGGUAAUUUUAUUGCCUCGGGUAAGGUUGACCUUAGUAGAGCGGAGGACAUCAUGCUUCGUCUGCAGGCCGACGGGUUCGCUCAUAUCGCUGAACCCACUGUGGAUAGUGCGCUCGUUAGUGCGUUCACAAUGGACCGAGAGGCCUAUGCCCGGAUGUUUGGGCCUACCACUGGCGACUUGGUUCGUUUAGGAAUGACGAAUUUGUGGAUCAGAGUCGAGAAGGAUUAUACAUCGUACGGUGAUGAGUGCAGCUUUGGCGGAGGCAAGAGUCUUCGGGAAGGAAUGGGGCAGUCGUCGGAGAAAUCCCACCAACACUGCUUGGACACAGUCAUCACAAAUGCGCUGAUUAUCGACUGGAGCGGUAUCUACAAAGCGGAUAUCGGCAUCAAAAACGGUGUAAUUGUUGGAAUUGGCAAGGCUGGAAAUCCCGAUGUUAUGAACGGAGUACACCCAGACAUGGUUAUCGGUGCCUCUACAGACGUGGUCGCUGGUGAGAACAAGAUUAUAACCGCUGGAGGGUUCGACACACAUAUUCAUUUCAUCUGUCCCCAACAGGUAGAUGAAGCGGUGGCUUCUGGAAUCACAACAUUCUUGGGAGGAGGAACUGGUCCUUCAACAGGGUCAAACGCGACCACUUGCACCCCAGGACCUACACAUAUGCGCCAAAUGAUCCAAGCAUGCGAUCACCUUCCCAUCAACGUCGGUAUCACUGGUAAAGGAAACGAUAGUGGUGGACUCAGCAUUGAAGAGCAGAUCCUGGCCGGAGCUGCGGGGUUGAAGUUGCAUGAAGACUGGGGCUCGACUCCUGCAGCCAUCGAUACUUGCCUGGAUAUGUGUGAUAAAUACGAUGUGCAGUGCAUGAUUCACACUGAUACUCUAAAUGAAUCUGGCUUUGUGGAACAAACGAUCGCGGCCUUCAAAAACCGCACGAUUCACACCUAUCACACCGAAGGGGCUGGCGGUGGCCAUGCUCCUGACAUUAUCUCUGUGGUUGAGCAUGCGAACGUGCUUCCCAGCAGCACAAACCCUACUCGUCCGUUCACAAUGAACACUCUGGAUGAACAUCUCGAUAUGUUAAUGGUGUGCCAUCACUUAUCCAAGAACAUUGCCGAGGAUGUUGCGUUUGCAGAGAGCCGUAUCCGUGCCGAGACUAUCGCCGCCGAGGAUGUUCUCCAUGAUCUCGGAGCCAUCAGUAUGAUGUCCUCAGACUCCCAAGCCAUGGGCCGAUGCGGUGAAGUGAUCCUACGGACAUGGAACACAGCGCAUAAGAACAAGGAGCAACGCGGCCCGCUGAAGGAGGACGAAGGCACAGGUGCAGACAACUUCCGAGUCAAGAGAUAUAUCAGUAAAUACACCAUCAACCCUGCAAUUGCCCAAGGCAUGGCCCACAUGAUUGGCAGCGUGGAGGUUGGCAAGAUUGCCGAUUUGGUGAUCUGGCAUCCCAGUUCUUUCGGAACCAAGCCUGCCCAAAUCAUGAAGAGCGGAAUGAUUGUGGCCGCGCAGAUGGGUGAUCCAAAUGGCUCCAUCCCUACCAUCCAGCCGGUCAUCAUGCGUCCCAUGUUCGGAGCCUAUGUCCCUAGCACCUCAAUUAUGUUCGUCUCACAAGCCUCCAUCGAUGCCGGCAUCGUACAGUCCUACGGAAUCAAGAAGCGUAUCGAAGCCGUCAAAAACUGCCGCAACAUCGGCAAACCUGACAUGAAAUACAAUGACGUUAUGCCCAAGAUGCGAGUAGACCCAGAAAGCUACACUGUCGAAGCGGACGGUCAGCUUUGCGAUGCCCAACCCGCGACCAGUUUACCGCUUACUCAAGACUUUUUCGUUUAUUAGAUUAUAAGCUUUUCUUUUUCUUUUUCUUUUUCAAUUUUUUUCUCUUUUCUCUUUCUCUGAUUUCGUUUGGUUCCUAGUCAUGUUGAGAUACCUAACCUGUAUGCGUUCGUGUGUUUAGCACAUUUUCAUUCUUAACUUUCUCGCUGCAUAGAUUAGGGUAAUAGGUUGGUUAUUUCCUUUGCAUUUC